UUAGUUUGUCCUUUUUUCAAGUAGAAGAAUUUCGUACAAAUCAAAUUUGUUUUAGAAUGUUUAAAUUGCACUAUUCAACAGUUAUAAAUUAUUUGAUUAAUCGAAUAAUCUAUAGUUGAAUAGCACGUAUUUUUAAAAAAAUUUCUGACGUUUGUAACAAUAAAAUGUUUAAAUACUGAAAUUCUAGUAACUUGUAUGUAGCGAUAUAAAAUGUUGAUUUGAAGUCUUUUAGGUUUAUAUAGGACUAAGAUAAUAAUGUUUAUCUUAGUCAAUCGAUGAUAUAUCUGUCGAUUUCAAGUCUCAUUUAUUGACUGAGUGCACGAUUAGAAGUUACAUUCGUAUGCAUUCGUGUUCGUUGAUUUUAUAAAAAUUUUGAUAUGAUUGUACUUCAAUAUGGCGAACCGCGACAAAGGACGCAAAAAGUGGGGAGGAUUUUUACAAGAUAAUACAAAAUUGGAAAAGGAUAGAUCAAUGGGAAUGCGUGGUGGAGGUAAUAGAGCAUCUCAAGCUUUAUAUAGGCCAGGAAGUGGACCUCUUCGCAAGUCUGGUAGAUCUUCAGAUGAUUUAGAUAAUGAGAAUCUCUCGCAGGAGAAACCUAAGUCUAGCUCCGUCCAACAUCGUUUGAAGCAAUCACAACUCAAUAGAUCCAAUCAAAUGCUAAACAGUUCACCAUCUUCUCAAGUUGAAAAUGUAACAGAAAAAUUGAAUGAUCUAAAUAUUAACUACAGAACUACUACAAAUAUUGAUCAGACACCGAGUUCUUCUCAAAAUAGUAAUUCAGGAGAUUUAAGAAAGAAAACUAAGAAGCCAGAACAACAAUUAUAUAUACCUAAAAAAGUAAAAGAAGCAUUGGCUGAACAGGAUACAUCAAAUAGGUCUCCUAAUCAAGGUUGUUGGGAUCGAGAUCAAGACAGAGAACUCAGCGAAGAUCGAGAUUCUCAUUCCAAUCGUAGCUAUAAAAGUGAUAGUCAUCGUAAUCGAUCGAGUGGUCAUAAUAGACGAGAUAAUGAAAGCGGAAGUAAAGGCAGGGACGAUCAUGGGAAAAGAUAUUCGGGAAAUCGUCGAAAUCGUCAUGGUAAUGAGAACGAGGAGCGCUGGCGAUCAGACUCUCCUUUGUCUAGCAGAGGUUACGGAAAUCGAAAAGAUAAUUCUCGUGAAGUUAGACAGGGUUCGGAACCUCUUUUUGUAACAAUGAAUCAUGUGAAUGAUUUUAACCGCACUAGAGAUACGCGUAGUGUUGAACCCGCUGGACAUCUGGAAAAGUUUCAAGGCAAACCUCCUUCAGGCAAAUGGGGUGGUACGAAAGAUACUUUGCCAAAAAAUAUAAAAAUAGAACAUUUACCACCCAGGUUACAAAAAAAAUAUCUUAUGGAUAAUGGUUUACCAUUGCCAUCAACAAAUUCAUUGCCUUCAGAAGAUACAUGGAAUGGUAGUAGUGUUACAUUUCAGGGAUCCUCAAAUUACAAUUAUCCACCUGCAAUGCAACAUUCUCAAACAAUGCAAAAUUUACCUCCAUCUGGCCCUCUACCUCCUCAACCUAGCUGGUCCAAUACAGUGCCAGCACGAAGUAGAGGUAGAGGUAGACUUAGACCGGAAGAUUUGGAGAGUUCAACAAAUAUUUUCAGAUGUGUUACGCCUGAUCAAUAUUCGGCUCCAAGUUCCAGGUCUCAUACACCAAGUCAAGAAUACAUGCCAAGGUCUUACGAUCGUCGUGGCAGUAAUAGCACUAUGUAUACUAGUAUGGAAAGCUUAAGUCGAGCUGAUACUUCCUUGAUGCCACCACCACCGGCGGUGUCACCUACUACUUCGGCAUCCAGUGCAAGUAAACGUCAAACUUCACCUGACACUCAUCGUAGAGGAGUAUCUCCGUCUUCGAUUUCUCACCGCAAACACACGCAACGGAUGAGUAAUAAUGCGCCCGAACGUAAUAUAGCACAGGAAAAGAAAAGUAGUCAACAAAAUUUAGGCGUCAGUCCAUCGAAAACUGAGACUCUUAGUACCGAAUUAAAUACAUUACCGGAUCACCCAUUUGAUUGGAAUGAAGAAGUUGAAUUAAAUGAAAAACUGGAAGCCGAGCGGGCGAGUCGCAGUUCUUCUGUAUUAAGUUUGCGUGAGAAUGUCAAUAUGUCAGGCAAUGAAACCUCGACAGCAGGUCACACUCGACGUAAAAAAAAAAAGCGUGACAGGAAACAUGCGGCAGAUCGGAGCAACAGCAGAGAUAAAGUUCGAGUUAAUAGUCGCGAUCGGCAAAACAAUCAACAAAAUAGAGAAAACGAUAACUAUAACAAUAAUCAAAAGAACAGUAAUAGCAGUAGAAGAUAUGAUCACAGAAGGCGUAAUAUUAUACAACGUAGUCGUGAAUCUAGUAAAGAUAGGAAUUACCGUGGUAGCAGUCGAAACUUUGAUGAUCUUCAUAGACAUAGAUUGUCCGAUCGGUAUUUAGAUGAAAAUUGGAGAACAGGGAGAAAAAUGUCAGCUUGCGAUUCUGACGAUGGACGACAAACACCUAAUGUUUCCUCUCAUGCCGCUACGCUAUCAAAUACAACUUUGAAUGCGGCAACACAUCAAACAUCUCCUAGCGGAUACAGUAACUCCCAACCACCAGGUGUUCUAGUGUUGCCUGAUACUAGCCAAUCACCACCUAGUCAUCCAAUUCCAAGACAACAAGGACUGCAACAGCAAAGGACAUUAUUCGAUCCCAAUAAUCCCAAUAAACCUAUCGUUGUUACUUCACCCAAUAGCAGAGCUGCAAUUCAAAGAGAAAAUGAAGUCGUAUCUCAAAGCCCAAAUGUGCCUGUGUUCCAGUCACAUGGAGGUAUUGCUUCAGCACACCAUACUUUUCAGGGAACGCACUUAGAAGGUGUGCCGCCACCAUAUAUGACAAAUGACCAAUUCGGUAAUACAAGACCCUCGUGGUAUGAUCCUUGCUCCGAUAGUUUCCGAUCAGCCAAAAACCAUUAUUUACUUUUGGACAUAGAACGCGCUGAUAAAGAGUUGCAAUGGAUAUUAAGUUCUGGUGGUUUGACAACAAAUUGGGAAAGGGUUUUGUACAUACGGCACUUUCUACAAGAAAGUUUGAAAACUUUGCUUGAGACUGAUAUCAAAUUUUGCCAAACUGAAAAUGUUGAACAACACUUUUGGAAAAUACUUUUUUAUAAUAUGAUUGAAAUGCUGCGAAAAGGCAUGCCUAAAGAAAGUUCCGAGGGGCGAGAACAUUAUAAAAAAAUAAUGAUGAAGAUUAUCGACGAUGGUACCAUAUACUUAGAAAAUUUGUUAACUGUCCUUGAAGCCAAAUAUGAAUUUAAAUUGGAUACGUUCGUUGCAUCGUCAACUUUACCUAAAGGUCUUGGGAUCUUGGGUUUAGCUUUAGUGAGCGCGCAAAAAAUAUAUUUAUUUUUGGGUGACCUGGCGAGAUACAGAGAACAAGCAAAUGAAACCAACAAUUACGGAAAGUCUAGGCAGUGGUAUUUAAAAGCACAACAACUUAACCCAAAGAAUGGCAGGCCGUAUAAUCAGCUUGCGUUAUUAGCGCAUUAUGCUAGACGAAAAUUGGAUGCGGUAUAUUAUUACAUGCGAUCACUUAUGGCAUCUAAUCCUUUCCAUUCCGCAAGAGAGAGUUUAAUAGCGCUGUUCGACGAAAACAGAAAAAAGUACGAAUCCACGGAACGGAAAAGAAAAGAAGAGAGAGAAUGGAAGGAAAGAGCCAGGAUGAAAGAAAAAGAAGGUGCAAACAGCAUCGGGGGAGGACUAAGGAGGGAAAUUUGGUUUCAUCCUGGUGGAAGACGAGUUCGUCGUACAACUACUGCAGCCACUGCCAACGAAACGAGAUUGUCUCAUAGUGACUUAGAAGAUUUGGCACAAUUGAGUAGUGUCGAGGUGAACAAACGUUUCGUCACAUCUUACCUUCACGUCCAUGGGAAGCUAAAUACCAAGAUAGGAAUGGAGACGUUCCAAGAGGCCGGUGUACAGAUGCUAAAGGAAUUCCGAGCGCUUCUUCAGCACUCGCCGCUGCCGCUUCCGGGGGCGCGGCUCCUCCAGCUUUUGGCCCUCAACAUGUUCGCCAUCGAGUCGACACAGCUGAAAGAUGCCCAAAUGGAGCAGGGUUACCGGUCCGAGGUCCAAGAAAGGGCACUGGUCGUAUCCUUGCAGAUGUUCAAUCUGAUUUUAGAACGUGGCGUGUCCUUGCUCAAGUCUCAGUUGGACAGCGACGAAGAGCCGAGGAUGGUGGUUAGCGAGGACAUGCAAGUCCUUUUACCAGCUAUCAAGAUUUGGUGCGAUUGGAUGCUCUGCCACAGCACCGUUUGGAAUCCUCCGCCAUCUUGCACGGAUUACAGAGUGGGGCCCCCCGGAGAUGCCUGGAGCAGACUGGCCACGAUGGUGAACCUGUUGGAUAAAUUGAAUUAUUCCAGAUCGAUCCUGAUUCAGGCCAAGGACGCGGUGGGUCGAGAAGACGAGGUCGAGCUGGUGAAACUGCCUGAAGAUACGACCCUGGCAGGAUUCACGCCGCUGAUGUGUAAUCCUCAGGAUCCUUGCUACGUCGACAAGAACGAAGAUAUAGAAAUCGCCCAAGUGUGCCUCAGGAUAAACAAGAUUCUCUUUUUCGGGCAAGUGUUCCUCUGCGGGCUCGAGACGCCAGUUUUGAAGUUACAGAAGAGCGAGACUGGUAUCAGCGAAUACGUAUCCGUAGUCGAAGCCUCCAGCACAAGCACGCCGAGUUCACCCCCGGAGCAGAAUUUGGUACAAGCGAAAUCAUUGAAUCGCUUUCAGAGCGACUCGGAGCUCCUCGUGGAAAGUUACAGCGAAGGGGAGGACGAGCCCCUUCCUUCCCUAAGAAGAUUACCCUCGUGUACAGACGUACCUGACGACACCAUUGCGCCCGUGGCAGCCGUCGAGAUAAGGUCGCUGAUCGAGCGGAAGGAGGAACUGGAGAGGCGGCAGCGGAAGCAGGAUCAUCAUCGACAGCGAGUACAGCAAAUUCUGCAAAACUCCUCGGUGUCUGUAGAAAUCGAAGUGCGACCAAGGCAGUUGGUCCCAGACACCAACUGCUUUAUCGACUAUCUGCCGCAACUGCAAAACAUCACCAAGGCGACUUCCGGUGCGCAGCCGAUCUACACGCUCAUGGUGCCGCUUGUGGUUCUGAACGAGCUCGAGGGUCUGACUAGGGGUGCAGACGCCAGGGACUGUCCUCCAGCCUCGAGGGCGGCUUUGGAUCCGGAGCACGUGGCUCGAGUAGCCGAGAGCGCCAAAGCAGCUCUAGCGUUUGCCAGAAGCAAGAAUCCGGCGAUUCGGUGCUUAACCACCAGAGGAACUGUUCUUACAUCUAGCAUAUUUACAAUGGAGGAGGAUGUCGAGAAGGACGGGCUGACAAGAAACGAUGACAGAAUACUGGCUACGUGCUUGAGCCUUUGCAAAACGGGUAACAAAGAUCAAGUAAAUGCAGAGGAGGGUCAGCCAAGACGUCUGAAAAGGGAGGUGGUCCUACUGACAGAGGACAGGAACCUCAGGGUGAAGGCCCUGGCGAGGGACGUUCCCGUCCGAGAGGUGCCCGACUUCAUGCAAUGGGCUGGCCUCGGCUGAAACGGUUCCCCGACAAACUCACACACCCGCUAAAACGAAAAAUCUCCCGUUACCCCUGCCGAGUAAACAUUGACAAGCAGCAGCAACAGCGAUAAGACCCAAGCAGAGACCGUGUUAAGGAAAGUACGGUACAGAGGGAUGUCUCGUGGAUGUUCAUCGUGCACAGCUCCCCUUCUACACAAACACAUACACACAAACACGUACACGCGCCAAUCGUGACCGAGCAGCCGUCACACGCACGAUAAUGGGGUUUCCGUUCGCGCAACUUCGUCCUGAUUGUCGGAGUUGCCCCUUACGCGGUGAGCGCGUUAUAUUAUCGACGCCGAGAGGAUGACGGAACAGGACGAUGCGUCCAAGGGGACGGAAUCACUGCGUUUUCCCGCGACGAAGUCACUUAGGGGUCGAGGGGAUGGUGAACGGAGGACGUGAGCGAUUAGGAGCGCGGAGAAACGGAAGACUUAUUUUUCGGUGCGAAAAACGAGCAUGUGGGAAUCGCGUCGUGACGAUUUUUCAAGGUAUAAGGAAAGUAGAUCGCGAGCGUGGCAGGAUUGGUCGCAGUCCCCGAGGAGCUUUCUCGCGUUGGGGAUACAGGGUGCGGCCUCGACGGCCAAGAAGAUGGCGCACGGGAGAGUCUCCCCGUCUUGUCCGAGGAGAAACGGGAGAACGGUGACUGACUAAAAGAGAAGCGAACGAAAGAGAGUGAAACGAAGUAGGGGAGAGAGAAUAGAAGAAGCGUUGGUAUUUUUACACGUACGAAUUUUUUGGUUGAUUUUUUAUCGAUGACGACCGCUCCGCGGCCGGCUUUUUUUGUGUACCUUCCUUUUAUCAUGUUUGUAAUGAUCUAUACACAUAUACAUAUAUACAUACAUAUGUAUGUACAUAACUCUCUACAUGUAUAUAUUUAUACGCACUUUUGAAUAUUGUAUACGCCGUAUGCGGUCGUUGGAGGAUGCGCUCGGAAUCCGCGUACAUCUGUGUGUUGUUUGUCUCUUUCCUUUUUGUUCUCUUUUUUAUGCCGUCCUUAGCGAGCUUCGUACCGAAUGGCUCCGGAAUUGAUUUUUCGUUUUUCUCACUCGCCAUGCUUUUUUUCCAUUCGGUUGCGAUCCAUUUUUUUUUCCUUUCUCUGUCGUGUUGCGCAACAAGUGAACCUCGCGUGCAGUUGGCAUCCUUCAUCGAGCUUUUCGAAGCGUUUUUCGCUGUUGUUCCCUGAUGUUUUUCUGCUACGAGUCUUUUUUUAAUAGUUCCAUUUUCUUUUAAUUUUUGAGUCGCGUUUAUUUUACGUCGAGAUUUUUUUUUUUUUAAAUUUCGCUACACCUCACGGAUCGCAAGGUUGUGUCAAUGAUAAAGGUAGAACUAUCGAUAUCGGUAAUCGUUUCACAGAAAAUUCUUUCGGGCAUUUAUUAGAGUAUUCCCCUAUUAAGUUAGGUAUACUUAAAAUUUGUCACGUUACCAUUUCGUUUCUUGUGAAAGAAGUAUUAAACGCGGCGCCCACGCGGCUGCGAUCCGUGAACGGUCGCGAGAACCAUUUUACCAUUUUCUUUUUAUAGCGAUUUACGCGCUUGGUAUUGGCGUGCGGUAAGGGGGAUACAUUUUUUACAGCACAAAGAGCGACCAUUUUAAACGAGCACGAACCGCGGGCAGCAUUUUAAACGCUUCUACACGCGUUCGCGUUCCGUGUAACGUGUUAAAGUUUGAGAGCCAUACCGUACGAGGUUCCCGAAUCCUCGUCGUCGUUUUCCAGCGGCUGCGCGCGUGUCCUUGUAGAGCAUGCUGCGACCGCGUGAAUUUUUAAUCGGGACACCUGCACGCGUCGGGCACGAAAGGUAGGCUCAUUGUGAGGUCGAACGACAACGCUAGUUUACUCGUAUGUACCGCCGGAGACAGUUCCUUUUCGUUGGUGAACAGAACGCCAUUUUGUUUAGAUUUGGUAUUGCUUGAUCGACGCCAUUUUGUUAACCUAAUCAGUAUCAAAAUAUCGAUCGAAUAAAAUAGUUCUUCUAUUGGGUAAAUUGCCGAUGUUUCGUCUAACAAAUGAACGCCCUUUUAUCCAUCAAAGUAAUUCCACUUUGUUGGCGAAACGAGCGUAAUUUUAUCGACCAUUUUUGGCGUUAUGUAACCAAGUAUGCACGCACGUACGAGGAUCAAUUAAAAUGAAUUUUAGCGUGUAACCUAAGCCAACGUUUGUAAUCAACGACUGUCUCCUUUUCAGGCUCGGAGAUGUUUCUCGCAGAGCUUGAAGCUCGAUUUUAAACAAAUUUCUUACACCGCGAAGGCCAGACUUUUUAAGAGGCCUUCGUUCCAAUGACGAUACCCGCGAUGCCGUUUCCCCUUUCGUUUCAUCGCCCUCUGCGAUCCACAUUUUUUUUUUGUCGCGUCGCAUUCAAACCUUCGGUAGAAAUAGUUGCAUCGAAUAGCCACGAUAUUGCACCUUAAAGUUUCCGAUAUAAACGAUUUACGCGCACGUUGUAUAACCAUACCCUCGUAGCAGAUAGAAUCGUCACAGAAAUCGCAAGUCGAUUGCAGAGGGCGACCCGCAGGAACUCUGUGCCGUGAUAAAUAAACGAAUCGAAUUAGAAUCGUCGACCAAGUAUGACUCUAUUAACGAUUCUGCGAUCAAAAACGACAGUCGAUCGCGAAUGUUGGAACCGUGGAUCGAUCGUCAGCGAUCAUCGACAAAGCGUGGAACUGUAACGAUAGUUUCUCGUAUUCAAAUUAGUAUCUACACGCGUGCGCAUCAUACCGACUCUGUGCUUUUUCUUGUUGCCUGCGAUCUUUGUGAAUUCUCUUUUUCUUCAUUUUUAUUUUUAAACAUAGCUGUUAAAUUUAGGUGGUAACAGAGAUUUAUUAUCGCUCGUAUUCGUUGAUUUUUGUAGGACCUUAGAGUGUUCAAGGGGAUCGCGUAACCCGCGACGUUGCUCGAUUGCAUAUCAAAGAUUAACCCUUCGCGGCAGAUCGAGCCUCUGGAACGAACAGAAAUUUUUCUACUUGAAAUAUAAUUGGAAAUUGUACAUGA